AUAAAACACACGGUUAGGGUUGUUAGGGUUGAUCACAAUUCAACCAAGCAAUCAGCAAGCAAGAUGAGUCUCAGCGCUAAGGACAAGGACACAGUCAAGCUCUUCUGGGCUAAAGUGGCUGACAAGGCAGAGGAGGUCGGCUCUGAUGCUCUGUCCAGGAUGCUGGCGGUGUACCCGCAGACCAAGACUUACUUCAGCCACUGGAAGGAUCUGAGCCCCGGCUCUGCGCCGGUGAAUAAGCAUGGAAAGACCAUCAUGCUUGGAGUUGGACAAGCUGUGGCCAGCAUCGACGACCUGAAUGCGGGUCUUCUGACCCUCAGUGAGCUGCAUGCCUUCACUCUGCGAGUGGACCCUGCCAACUUCAAGAUUCUCUCUCACUGCAUCCUUGUGGUCAUGUCCAUCAAGUUCCCCAACGACUUCACCCCUGAGGUCCAUGUCGCUCUAGACAAGUUCCUGGCUGCUCUGGCCCGUGCCCUGUCUGAAAAAUACAGAUAAACUGCAAACAGGAGCAGAUGACGGACACUGCAGCGGCUUGGAUACUCUUUGUCUGUAUAAAUAUAAAUAAAAGAUCAAAUGCAAUGAAA